UUAUGGAGCUUCUGUUGUUUCCAUUAUUCCGAUUGGUUAGACGCAGUGAUAGACAGAAUAAGUAACAAAUAAGCGUCUCUCUUUUUCUUUUAACUUUAAAACCUCAUAAAUCUCUUCUUGAACUCUUCUUUAAAAUUUGAAAGUAACUGUCCCCAUUAGUCAACUUCUCUCCCUGUAUUAAAUUCAAUAGUUGAGAACCCUUCUGUAUUUAGCAAACCAAGAAAAUAAUAUCCAUUUCUUUAGUUAUAAUCCAUAGAAGAACUUACGAGCUAGUCUGUGUCAUCCCGGGUGCAGGAGGAGUUUAAAUCUUCUGUAAAGCUUCUUCACUGAAAGAGUUUAGAAAAAACUGUCUUCCAUGGACUUCUCCAUCGGCAUCAUGUUCUUCCUGACCUUUGGCUGCAUCUCUUCCCGAAAAUUUAAAUCCAGCAUCUCAGUGAAGAAUGGAUCUCCUUGGGGGAAUUGGGAUAAACCACACUACUGUCCUAAAGGUUAUGCUCACGCGUUCCAAUUGAAGGUACAAGAUUACCAAGGUGCACUUUCGUGGGAGGAUGAUACAGGCCUGAAUGGCAUCCGUCUGCACUGUACUGAUGGCACAACCAUUGAAUCUACAGUUGGAAAGUGGGGAACUUGGCAAGAGAUUGAGAGUUGCCCCAAAGGCAACCUGCAGCAAUUCUCUCUGCAGGUGGAAGAACACCAAGGGAUCCGUGACGAUACAGCAGCCAACAAUAUCCGCUUCAGAUGUGAAUUUGGAGUUGUUCUGGAAGGUCUUGGACACAAUUGGGGGAAGUUUGGGGACUGGAGUGAGAGCUGUGCCCCUGGCUUCAUAUGUGGGAUAAUAACUAAGAUGGAUAUUGACCAAGGUAUUGGUGACGACACAGCUCUUAAUGAUGUGAAGUUCUACUGCUGUUACUGAACCACAAGAGACUCAGUCUCUUACAACACAGCUGCCUGUGUUCUAAAAUAUGAAUCUCAAUGACAAUUAAAUCUUGAACUAAGA